AUGUCGUACCGAAUUACAGAUUAUGGAGGGCAACCUCCUCAGACGGGCUCCUCCCCUCUCAAUACACCCUCAACAACACUUCCCGCCCCUCCCAAUGUACCCGGCGCCGCACUCCCUCCACCCGUCGAGCAACAACUUGUCACUACGUUCAGAGACGAUCCGGAAUCUUGGAUCAAAGCUCUGGAUAUGUUCCGAUCUCUGCAGACCUCGUUCGCAGCAGUGUCGUUACAGUUCCUUCGAUCUGCGUUCCUUGACAUACAUCUCCAAGGCUAUGUCAACUUCAAAUCCUGGAGCGACAAGCUCAAGGACCUGUGCGUUCGCCACAAGGUCUAUGACGUGCUCUCGGGUGAAGACAUCGAUCCCCAAUGGCCUCGGGACUCGGAUGAACACGACGAGCUCGUCUAUGCGAUCAUCCUCAAUUCCCUCGAUCCAUACUUCAGGAGGCGCUUGCCGCCCCACUUCCAGGCGUAUGACAAAAUGCGCGUCGAUAGGUCGCAGAUCUACCCUUACAGCAAGAUUCUGUAUACCCACCUAGAGGCCGAAUGUCGCUCUCCCAUGAGUUUUGCGGACCAAAACCGCACAAUGGAUGCCAUCUUCUCUACGAAGCUUGCGGACCAAGGCGACGCCGUCCAGCACAUCAUACGACUGAUGGACAAAAACCAAAGUCUUGAGGGGUCUGGAUUGCCCAUCCCCCAAAAUGUACUUUGCCAUGCUAUCAUCAACUCCCUUCCUCCCGCAUACGAUGGUGUCUUGCGUCACCUUGAGUCUGAACAUCGCCGUGAUACCUCAACAAUUACGUUGAGCUAUGUCAUUGGUGAGGUCGAAGAGCACUAUUACCGUCUUCAGACUGUCGCCACACCCCCUACUGCCGUUGCACCCUCCACCGCCAAGGCGCAUACUGCCAGCAGAAAGCCAAAGGUCUUCUGCAAAUAUCACCGAUUCAAUCUCAGCCACACUACCAAAGACUGUAAAAAGUUGAACGCUCAGGAGAGCCUCGAUGCCCCCGGUGUGUCAACGCGAUGA